CAAGCCCAAAUUGCAAAAUUUACCCCGCAAAAAAAAAAACCUUUUUUCUCUUACAAAAAUAUGUCUUUUGAUAAUAACGUCGCAACAAAGUUUCCCAAGUUAGCACCCAAGAGUCCCUCAGGCGAACUCUUAUUAGCUAGUGAAAGAGCCCAAGGAUCUUUCGAUGUCAAUGAGCUUUCAAAGUUCAUGUAUACUGAUGACUGGUUGCAAAGAAUGUACAAGGUACUUGCUGUUCUUGAGAACGAGCCUGCUUUCGAUAAAACAGACCGUUAUUAUUUAAGCAGAAAAGAUAAGAUUACCUCUUCCUUAUGGAAGGAUAGUCGUCUCGUUGAGCUUGUUAAGGAACAGAAGUGGGAUGAGACUGAUACUCAAAUUGCCAACUUCUUGUAUGAUCAAUCCACACCUUUCUCCCUUCAUUACAACAUGUUUAUUCCCACAUUGAAAAAUCAAACUACUGCUGAGCAAAAGAAGCUUUUCCUCGAGCCUGCAUUGGCACACCGAUUCAUUGGAUGUUACGCACAAACUGAGCUUGGUCACGGGUCAAAUGUUCAGGGUCUUGAGACAACAGCCACUUACAUUCCAGAGACAAAUGAAUUCGAACUCCAUUCUCCCACUUUGACCUCUGCCAAAUGGUGGAUUGGUGGUCUUGGUAAGGCUGCUAACCAUGCUAUUGUCAUGGCUCGUUUAAUUACCGGUGGUAAGGAUUUGGGACCCCAUCCUUUUGUUGUCCAAAUCCGUAACCUUGAUGAUCAUCGUCCUAUGGAAGGUAUCACUGUUGGUGAUAUUGGUCCCAAGUUUGGUUUCAACAGUGUCGAUAACGGUUUCAUCAUGUUCGAUCAUUACCGUAUUCCUCAUGUUUCUUUCUUGGCCAAAUAUUCUCAAGUUGAAAAGUCAACUGGUGAGUAUUCAAAGCCUCCUAAUGCCAAGCUGUCUUACGGCACCAUGGUCUUUGUUCGUGCUCAAAUUGUUAUGGGUGUCCGUUUUGCUCUUGCCAAGGCUACAACCAUUGCUGUUCGUUAUUCUGCCGUUCGUCAACAAUUUGUAGAUGCUGCCAGCCCUAAGAAGUGGGACAACAAGAUUACCGAGACUCCCGUCUUGGAUUAUACCAUGCAACAAUACCGUCUUUUGCCUGCUGUCGCAGCUGCUUAUGCUUGUUUCUUCACCGGUCGUGAAAUGAUCCGUCUUUAUAACUUGAAUCAAGAUGCCAUGCAACAAGGUAACUUUUCUCUUUUGGCUGAUCUCCAUGCCAGUUCUUCCGGUCUCAAGAGUUUGACUACCACCAUGGCUAUUGAAUCCAUUGAAGAUUGUAGACGUGCAUGUGGUGGUCACGGUUAUAGUAUGUUCUCUGGUUUAGGACAAUUCUAUCAAGAUUAUCUCCCUAACGUUACUUGGGAAGGUGAUAACUAUAUUCUUACCCAACAAACAUCUCGUUACUUGCUCAAGACUUUCCGUAAUGUCAUUGCUGGUAAGGCCGAGCCUUCUGAAUACAAUCAAACCAUCACCUACUUGACCCAAUUCUUGGAAAACCCCAAGGCCAAGUGUCCUGCCACUAAGCCCUCUGACUUCUCCAACCCUGAAUUGAUCUUGUCCGCAUUCGGUUUCCGUGCUGCAUACGGUAUUGCCCAAGUUGCUGAACAAAUUGAUCGUCACGGUCGUUCUUGGAACUCCAUGUUGGUUGAGAUCAGCCGUAUCUCCAAGGCUCAUUGCCAAUUUGUUUUAGUCCGUAACUUUAUUGUUGCUGUCCAAAACGAUGAACAACUUACCACAGCCGCCAACCGUCCCUUGCUUAACGUUCUUCGUUUGCUCGCCAGUCUUUUUGCCCUUCACACCAUGGAAAAGGAGUUGGCUGAAUUCCUUGUUGCCGGUUACUUCUCUUCUGAGCAAACUGCCAUGUUGAAGGAGCAAGUCAUCCAUCUUUUAGAGCAAGUGCGCCCUGAAGCUGUUUCACUCGUUGAUGCCUUUGCUUUGCCUGAUUACUUCUUGCACUCUGCCUUGGGUCGUUAUGACGGUAAGGUCUAUGAAGCCAUGACCGAGAUGGCCGAAAGAGAACCCUUGAACCACACCUUGGUUGUCGAUGGCUAUGAGUCAUGCAUCAAGCCCUUCACUGUUAAGAAAUCUGCUGCGGAUGGUGCUUCUGCCAAAUUGUAAAUAAUACACAUUGGUUUAAUUUAUAUUGUACUUUUAUUUCCCUUUUUUUUUCUAAAUGUUAGAUUCCCCUUUUAUAUAAAUAAACACAUUUCACUCCUCCAUCAUUUCUAUUCUUGAGAGAGGAUUUGUCGGUAA